GAGAGCGAGAGAGAGGGAGAGGGAGAGUCAGGGAGCUUGUGGAUACUACUCCACCAGACUGCAUGUCUCUGGCAUCACUAGGGGAGCAGUCCACACAUUACAGAGACAGCCUAUACCAGGCCUAGCUGAGAAUCUUUAUCAUGGCGUCCAACAACACAGCAAGCAUCGCCCAGGCCAGGAAACUGGUAGAGCAGCUGAAGAUGGAGGCAAACAUUGACAGGAUAAAGGUGUCCAAAGCAGCAGCAGACUUAAUGUCGUACUGCGAAGCCCAUGCCAAAGAGGACCCGCUCCUGUCGCCGGUGCCCGCAUCCGAAAACCCUUUUAGGGAGAAGAAGUUCUUCUGUGCCAUCCUGUAAACGGGGUGUGGUAAAUUUGGUCUGACAGGAAGUCUGCUCAUCUUGGGACAUUGAACGAGGACGUUCAAUAUGUAGACAUCUUCUAACAGAAGGGCAUGGAGGAGUAGUACUGUCUCUUUCUCUACAAUGGAAGCUAAAGCAGGCAUUUAAAAACCACAGAGUAAGACGUAACCAUUUACAGCGGUCUGAUCUGACCUGAUCUGAGGGCUGUUGUUGAGGGCUGUGCAGCAUGUUUGAUGGAUCCAUCCGUGUAGUCAGAGGACAACCGAAGAUAGUAUGGUUAUCCACCCAGAAACAUGAUGGACAACCAAUCAACCAAGUCUUCAGGUUGUGUUUAAAAUAAAAAAAGAAUGAAGGAAAAAAACUAAACAAAAAAUAUUUUGUGGUUCUUUUGGAACAUGAAAUCCAAGUGUUACGUUAAAUGGUGGGUUGGGUUGGGUAGGGUAGAUGAGCUGCUUACCACCAGAUACUAACGGCUGUUUAUCGGAAUGUUUUUAUUUUUGCUGUUUAUUUUAUGCAGAUUUUGAUUCUGAGAUUAAUUGGUUUGGCUAAAUCACUUAGACAACUUUCUAUACUGUAUGUGAUUACUGAAACAGCUAUUUUAACUUUCUUCUUUUUUUUUUACAUCGUUAGAGUUGGUGAAAGCUGUUGUAAUGGAAAGUUUGGACGUUCAAUUAAGUGAUUUUCUUUACAGACAUGUUUCUUUAAACUUCUUCUGAGAGAAGUAUACAACAUAUAUAUCUGGCAAUGUGGUACAGUAUGUGUUUCCUUCAAAUACAAGCUCUCUUUUUACUAUUUGUAUAAAAAUAUUAGCAAGUAAACUGUGUUGUGCUGUGCGUUCUGAAUGUUUGUGUUUAUCAUUAAUAAUUGCAUGAAAUUAACUAUUUUUUAAUUUUAUUUUUAAUGUGGGGAUUGUAUGAACGAGGCAGCCUCCAUCUGGCAGUGCCAACUGUAUUAAAAGGAUAACAAUGACUC